AAAAAACAGUUGUGAAUGAAAGAAUUGAUGUGAUAGAUCACAAAACUCAAAGCUUCAAUUCUGGAAGCUCAAGUGAAGAUGUGGUCACCAAAAGAACCAAGACAACAUCUUACUUUAAUGUUGUCUUUAGUGGUUUUGCUUUACUUUCUGAUGGCUAUCAAUCAGGUGUCAUUAGUUUUGUCAACUUAUUCUUAGGAAAAAUCUAUGGUUCCGAUGUGUUUAAUGCUGAAAUGAAGUCUCGUCUGUCUUAUUCUAUGUUUGUAGGUGCUAUUGUUGGUCAAGUUGGUAAGUAGGUGUUAUUAAAAGUACCUUGUUUUGACAAUGAUCUUUAGGCUUUGGUUUGAUCAUUGACCGUAUUGGUCGUAAAAUCGGGCUUGUUGCUACCACUUUUCUAGUCAUUCUUGGUGCUGCGUUAUCUUGUGCUUCCAGUGGAACCACAGUCAAUGGUCUGCUUUGGAUGAUGAUUAUUUCUAGAGGCAUUCUUGGUGUUGGUGUUGGUGGUGAAUAUCCUUGUAGUUCUGUAUCUGCUGGUGAAUCUGCUGAUGAAGUAGCUCCCGGAAAAAGAGGUGGUCUGUUUAUUUUGGUGACAAACUUUGUGAUCGAUUUGGGUUAUGUUAUCUCUGCUAUUGUUCCCGUGAUCUUGCUGGCUAUCUUUAAAGAUAAUUUGGAGCCUGUCUGGCGUCUUUGCCUCGGUCUCGGUAUUGUACCCCCACUUUCUGUUUUAUAUUUCCGACUUCGAAUGGCUGAUUCAAAAAGUUAUCAAGCAGGUGCCAUGAAAAAGAAAGUGCCUUAUUUACUUAUCAUCAGAAGAUAUUGGAAACGACUUUUUCUCACCAGUUUUCUAUGGUUCUUGUACGAUUUCAUUUCUUACCCCGCUGGUGUGUUCUCUACCAUCAUCAUCGACAGUGUAGCUACUGGUGAAUCCACAAUCGAGGUUGUUGCUUGGAAUAUCUUGCUCUAUGCCUUUUAUCUUCCUGGUUGUUUAAGUGGCGCUUAUUCUGUUGAUAAGAUUGGACGUAGAAAGACACUGGCUUAUGGUCUUAUUCUUCAAGGUGUGGUUGGCUUGAUCUUGGGUGGUGUAUAUGAACUCUUGGCUGCUCGAUGCAUUCCCAUGUUUAUCAUCAUGUACGGCAUCUAUUUGGCUUUGGGAGAGUAUGGUCCUGGUGAUACAAUGGGUUUGAAUGCCAUGGAAUUGUACCCUACUGCAGUGAGAGGUACUUGUUAUGGUAUUUCGGCUGCUGUUGGUAAAGUAGGUGCUACUGUAGGCACACUUGCUUUUGCACCCAUGCAAGACGCGAUGGGUUAUCGUGGUCCUGUCUUGGUAGGUGGCGGUCUUUGUAUUGUGGCAGGUUUGAUUGCUUUCUUCUUUCUUCCUAACAUUGGUCCUGAAGGAUUGGUGGAAGAAGACGCUUCGUUCCGUGAAUAUCUUGUUCAACAUGGUUAUGACGUGAGUCAACUUGGAUUGGGUAACAAGGAUCAGUAUGGAUCCGUAGAACAUACUGAAGCCUCGCAUAAGGCUGCCAAUGGUUCAAUUAGACUUUAAUGUUUAAUUUAUUUAUUUAUUUUCUAAAGAAAACAUAACAUAAAAAAAAAGAAUACCAUUACUAUUUAAUAAAGUACAAGAUCUAUUGACACUAUAA